AUGGUUGGAGUUCAGCUGGCGGGAAACUUGUUGCUGGCCCUUUGGUCUGGUCUUCCUUUCGACGACAUUAGUCCUGCUGCUUGCGCCAUAAUGGGUAACUACGUCUUCAAAAACGUAUUCGCCCAAAACACAUCGAUCUUAGGUUUUGCGGAUCACUAUUACUAUGUUUUGAGGCCUAUAUACUAUACCUUUCUUUUCGUCGUCGGUGGUUUGGUGUACUUCUCGUUGCCUCCAUAUGCGAGGGACAUGGAGCCCGUGACAUCGGACGAAAGAGAACGUGCAAGGGUGUGGGCUCGCUAUUUAAUGGCCUUUGGUUGCGCCUGGGUGGUCGCUGGAGCGAUUUGCCAAGUACCUGCUGCAGAAGGCGACAAGAAAGCCAUGAGCCUAACACUUCGGAAAAACACCAUACAUUCCCCCCAGCCCCUGGCAGGAGAGGUAUUCCUAUCCUGUCCAGUAGGCUUCGAUAGUGUGGAAGGGGAAUGUGUCAAAGUAGAACUCAUGAAGCCACAGCUGAUAUGUCCCUAUGGUUCAUUUCAAAACCAGCAAGGCGCCUGCCUCGUUACCGACUCGGUACUGCCCGAGAGGAUUUGCCCGUCCGGCUUUGUGCCUUACGAGAAGGGCUGCCUGCGCCGCACGGUGGUGCAACCCAUACCACUCUGUCCCCCGACCUUCCAUCCUUCCGGAGAACUGGGCAGCAUACUCUGCGUGAAGCCUGUUGGGGAGUCUCCUUUGUGGACGUGCGAUCGAGGCACUGCAGAGGAGGGGCCCCCCCUUUGUCUUUUGGAACGGGAGGUACCGGGGGUGCCCUCCUGCAGGCCUCCCUUCAAGAUGGAGGGUGGAGUUUGCGUGCAGAGAGAGAGGUAUCGAGCUUUGCCUUCUUGCGCCGCUGGGUUUGCGUUCGACAAGGAGACCGGAGAUUGCAGACGGGUCGUUUUAGGGAGGGCCAUCCCUCAGUGCAAAGAGGGAUGGGAAUACGUGGCAGAGAGGCAGAAGUGCGUAAAGGAGGAAGAACCUAUUUUCGUCUGCCCGCAAGACAGCAACCACUUCCUGUCCAAGGCAGGACAGCAGACCCUUGCGGAGGACGGCUGCGCUCGCGUGGAGAGGGAGUCUCCGAAUUUUUCGUGCCACAUCGGCGAUACGGCAGUUGUUACUGAGGCGCAAGAGAGCCUCCCCCCUGCACCCGCCAGUGAAGGCCUUGAUACCAGCGGGACCAGCGUAGGAGGGCAGAUGCAGAUGUCGCACAAGGGAAAGGUGGAAAGCAGAGAAAAAUUCAUGGAGGCAGAAAUGAAGGGAGAAAUGAAGGGAGAAAUGAAGGGAGAAAUGAAGGGAGAAAUUCCAGAGCGGCUUGGGCUCAAAGAGGAAACGGCUGCGACCUUUCUUCCCCAGAAGAAAGCCGCAACGGAGGAGAUUCUUGGUUCAGACACAACCUCGAAUGGAGCGUCCUUGGUUUUUGUGGGGAACUUUGGAAACUUAAAAGAGCGAUUGGAAGGCCAUGAGAAGGGCACUGAGGAGCCCUUGUACAGGCUUUCCAAGUGGGCAGGGGGCCCUCUGCAAAGCCUCCGGCGGUCCCACGAGCUGCUGCUACAGGAGGAGGGAAAGGAGGAGGCACUGAAAGGCGAGGUCGACAAGGACGGAGGAGGCCUCUCCCUCGCUCCAGAGCCUUCCAACAACACAGUAGAGGAAAGGGGUGGCGUGAUGCCCACGACUCAGUGGCAGCGGCGCGUCUGGGGAGCACCCGGCAGCCCUCUAAUGGAGGGUGUUAGUAGGCGAUUGCAGGAUGCUCGCAGUAUCUGGCUGUCUGAGGACCCCCAGAAAGGCGAAGGUAGCAAGGAAGAUAUCCUCAAGGCGACUGGAAGCCUCAUUGCGGUGGAUGGCAGCCUGGCAGGUUCCUCGGAGGGUGUUCACGGCUGGAGAAUGAAUGCGCCGGAGGUGCAGUGCGAGGCCCUUGCGAUAUCUGUGGAUGCAUUGCGGUUGGACUGUCCUACCGGCAGCCACGCCACCACGUCUAAGGAGACAAAUAGCGUGGUUUGUCUCGAGAUCAUAAAGCAACCCCCUGAAGCGCUCUGCGUAGCCGCAGCAGCGUCCGAAACCCAGGCAGACGGAUACUGCCUCUCGCCUCACUGCAAGGAAGGGCUGGUUUUUGAGCCUCUUCGGCAGGUUUGCACAGGGCUAGAGACGCUUCCGCCUGAGUGGAGCUGUCCAGAUGGCUUCAUGCUGCAGCACGCCAUAGCGCAAGACCCAAAGGAGCUGCUAGGCGACCGUGACGGCUCGCAUUUAGGAGCUCAGAAGAGCAAGAAGAAGAUCAAGAAGCCCGCGACAACUGUUUGGGGAGAGGCGCAGUGCGAGCAGCUAGAGCUGGCUGCCGUGCAGAUCGUGUGCCCUGUUGGCUAUCUGCAAGGGAAGAGUAAAAUGGGGAAGACGGAGGCCUGUGUGGCUGACAAGCAAAUACAAGGAACCUUCACCUGCGAGCCAGGUUUCUUUCUGGUCGGCGGGGACUGCAUAAAGCACACAAAGGCGGAACCAACUGCAGUAGACGAGCAAGGCUUUGCCUUCCCUUGCGUCUUACGAGGUGGAGGGGCCUCGUGCGGGCACAAGAGCCUUUGGGCAUCGGAGAUAAACGAGGCGGCAGUGGGCGAUGACUCCCUUUUCCCCUUUGAUCAGAAGAAGCUUAAAAGAGGCAAAAAGUAA